GUGAACAAUGAAAGCUAACACAAUAAUUUCUCCUCUCAUAAAAUUCUUGUAAGUUUGUGAGGGGAGUGGAAACAAUUUUCUUGGUGAGUUAGCAAUUUAGUAUGGCAGAGAAAGAAGUUCCAUUCUGCAUUUUCUUUAGGGAAGCAAGAUCAGUAUUUAAAUUGGACGAGUUAGGCUGCGAGAUUGCAAGAAUCGCGCUCCCUGCUGCACUAGCUUUAACAGCAGAUCCUAUUGCAUCUCUGGUUGAUACAGCAUUCAUUGGCCAAAUAGGUCCUGUUGAGCUUGCUGCUGUGGGGAUUUCGAUUGCUGUUUUCAAUCAAGCAUCAAGGAUUGCAAUUUUUCCGCUUGUCAGUGUCACUACCUCUUUUGUUGCUGAGGAGGAUGCCAUCACAAAAGUAAGUCCCGAACCACGAGGCAACGAAAGCCAGGAUAUACAAUCACAAGAUGUUGAAGGAUUGGAUACAGAGUCGCAAUCGAACAGUGAAAACAAAGAGCUAAUACCUCAAAACAGGAGUGUGUACAAGUCCGAAACGACAGCUACAUCCUUUGAAGUUGUGAAGCCAAAGCCUGAAAAGAAGCACAUUCCAUCUGCAUCGUCUGCAUUGAUCAUCGGUGCCAUCCUUGGCUUCAUCCAAGCCACCUUUCUAAUUUCCGGAGCAAAGCCUAUAUUGAGCUUCAUGGGAGUCAAACAUGGAUCACCCAUGCUAAAACCAGCUCAAGAGUACCUAAAAUUGAGGUCACUUGGUGCACCGGCAGUUCUUCUCUCAUUAGCCAUGCAAGGAGUUUUUCGAGGAUUUAAAGAUACGAAAACUCCACUCUUUGCAACUGUGGCUGGAGAUUUGACAAACAUAAUUUUGGACCCCAUAUUCAUUUUUGCGUUCCAUAUGGGUGUCAGAGGUGCUGCAAUUGCUCAUGUAAUUUCACAGUACCUAAUUUCAGUAAUACUGUUUUGGAGAUUGAUGGAAAAAGUUGAUCUCUUACCUCCUAGUCUAAAGUAUAUGCAAUUUGCUCGAUUUCUCACAAAUGGAUUUCUAUUGUUAAUGAGGGUCAUAGCAGUGACGUUCUGUGUAACGUUAGCUGCAUCAUUAGCUGCAAGGUUAGGACCCACAGAAAUGGCUGCAUUUCAGGUCUGCUUGCAGGUUUGGUUGACUACAUCUCUUUUAGCUGAUGGUUUGGCCGUUGCUGGUCAGGCCAUAUUAGCAAGUGCAUUUGCUCAAAACGACUUCAGUAGGGCUACUGCUACAGCAUCAAGAGUGUUGCAGUUGGGAUUAGUUCUAGGAUUGGUGCUAGCACUUAUCCUUGGAGUUGGUUUACAUUUUGGAGCUAGAUUAUUUACAAAAGACGUCAACGUCAUCCACCUAAUUGGCAUUGGCAUUCCGUUUGUCGCGGCAACACAACCUAUCAACGCCCUGGCCUUUGUCUUUGAUGGUGUAAACUUUGGCGCAUCUGACUUUGCAUAUUCUGCCUACUCAAUGGUAACAGUGGCUUUAUUCAGCAUUGUGUUCUUGUUCAUUCUUUCAUCAAGUUAUAAAUUCGUCGGAAUUUGGGUGGCUCUAACCAUCUAUAUGAGUCUCAGAGCUUUAGCAGGCUUCUGGAGGAUAGGAACUAGAACAGGGCCAUGGAAGUUUCUCAAGAGCUAAAAUAGUCUCUGUUAGAAUAUUAUAAUAUGUGGAUACUCAUAUUCUAUAAAACUAUUUUUACUUGUUGUAGUGUCAAUAAAGUAGCACCAUUAAAUCA